AUGUCUUCGCCAGUUUCGUACGCUAACGUCGCCAAAGGGCAAGUUCCAGAACAGGAAUUGCAUGAAGUUUCUAAUGAAGCUCCUAGAAGUGAAACCUCCGGGGUUGAGGUCACUUCGACUGAACAACCACAAGAGGCAGAAGCAGCAACAGAAGAGGCUGCUGACACCAAAGAAAAGGAAGCUGCUGCCAAGGAAAAGAAGCCAUUGGCACCAGCUCCAGUUCCUAGCAAGUCUGCAUGGGGUUCUGCUGCAAACGUGAUGGCUAAUAAGCCAGUUGACGAGCACAAGUGGCCAACACCUGAUAAGGCUAGUUUGUCAGAUCAACAAGCCAGUGCAGUCCAAAAGCAACAAAAAUUCAUUAAGCCUAUUACCAACAAAUGGGUUCCUAUCAACGCAAAGGUUAUUUUACCAAGUGGAAGAGCUAACAGCCAGAAGCAGAAGCAGAAUAAAAAGAACAAGAAGGGUGCUAAUACUCAAAAGAAGCAAGCAAACAACCAAAGUACCCAAAAUACCCAAAAUAACAACCUUAACAUGCAAACAAGCCAAGCAGCUCCUGGCAUAAGUAAAAGGGACGGUCAAUUUGAGUCGCCUGAACAAGCUCAGCAACCACAUGAUGGUUUCAAACCAAGACCAAAUGGUCAAUUCCAAGGUCAGCCUCAAGGUCAACCUCAAGGUCAAUCUCAGCAAAAGAAUAUGAGACGCUUUAACGGUAACACCAAUGGAAGUUUCAAGCCAAGAUUCCCUAACCAACCAGCUGCUCAACAACAGCAACAACAAACAUCACCUCAGCAAAAUGGUUUCUACCACCCUCAACCAUUCGUUCAAAACCAAAACUACCAAAACUUCAAUAACCGUCAAUUUAGACCAAAUCAAUUCCGUCAUCAAAAUAAUAGAAAUUUCCAACAACCAAUGAAUGGAUCUAACGGAUUUAUCAACGGUUCCAUGGGAUUACCACAACAAAUUCCACAACAAAUUCCUCCACCAAUUUCACCAAAGCAAGAUCCUCAACAAGCAUUAACUCAACAAAUUGACUAUUACUUUUCUUUGGAAAACUUAAUAAAAGAUAUCUUUUUGAGAAAGAAUAUGAAUACUGAGGGUUGGGUUUCAUUAGCGUUAAUUUUAAACUUUAAGCGUGUUAAAAUAAUUAUUAACGGUAUACAGAAUAGUAUUGAAAAUAAAGAGAUCAGUUCUAGCACUAUCAUUUUGGAUUCAUUGAAACAUUGUGAGAAUUUAGAGAUUAAUUACUUGAAUGGUAAAGAUUUACAAACUGCUGAUAUUGAUGACAUUGAAUUAAGAGUUAAGGGGAAUUAUGAACAAUGGUUGUUACCAAAUGAUAAUUAA